CAUCUAAAAUCUAAACUAAAUGUUUUAAAAAGGAAGUAAAACGACUGAGGAACAUCAUUUUGUUCAUAUCUCAUCAAAUCGAAAAUCCCUCCAGACCUGUAAUGAACUGACAUCAAAAACGAAGAGUUAACCCUUCCGGUGUUUUUCCCAUCGCCUCGUCUGAUUGGUCGAAUCUCAGAAAGGGAACCAAAGGUGAGCACGAAAAGUGGUCCGCCGAUCUGCUGACCAGGCAAUGUGCGUGGAAAGAUGCUACAGCGCGAACUUCUAAUUAUUGAUGCCAGUAGAAUCCUGUUGUGCAUCGGAGUCAAAGAGUGACUGAAGCAUGGGUUUGUUACAGUAUUUGCCAUCGCUUUUACCAUUUGCAGCUUUACUGUAUAUGAGAGCGCAGGACACGUUUGUACCAUUUACCAAAGAUCAUUGGGAUACCGAAUACGAUUAUAUCGUGGUUGGUGCCGGUUCAUCUGGUGCAGUGGUUGCUAGUCGUCUAUCUGAAGACCCAAACGUCAAAGUCCUGCUUCUUGAAGCCGGUGGCCCUGAGAAUCAAAUUACGGAUGUACCCCUCGUUGCUGCCAGCCUUCAACAAACGCCUGUGGACUGGGCCUAUCAGACAGAACCUCAAGAAGCUUCAUGUUUCGGCUUGAAAGGCAGACGCAGUCGAUGGCCUCGAGGUCGGGUUCUCGGCGGUUCCAGCGUUCUCAAUUACAUGCUGUAUGUGCGCGGCAACAGGAAGGAUUACGACAAUUGGGAAAGACUGGGAGCCAAAGGCUGGUCUUGGAAGGAUGUCUUCCCCUACUUCUUGAAAUCUGAAGACAACAGAGAUCCUCCACUAGUAGAAUCGGGAUACCAUGCGACUGGAGGAUAUUUAACAGUGUCUACACCUCCCUAUGCAACACCCUUGGCGAAAAAUUACAUCGAAGCAGGACUGGCUAUUGGAUAUCCUAAUAUUGAUAUCAAUGGAGAAAGGCAGGGAGGUUGGAUGAUCCCUCAAGGAACAAUAAGACGAGGUGCCCGAUGCAGUACAAGCAAAGCUUUUCUCGUGCCUACGCGUGGAAGAAAAAACUUUGAUAUUGUGGUAUUCGCACACGCUACGAAAAUUCUCUUCGAUGCCCACAAGCGAGCUAAAGCUGUUCAAUUCGACCGCUUGAAAAACACGCACAUUGUGAGCGCUCGAAAAGAGAUCAUACUGUCCGCAGGAGCCAUCAACACGCCUCAAUUGCUUAUGCUAUCUGGAGUUGGACCCAGGCAUCAUUUACAACAGCUAGGGAUUCCUGUUGUUGCAGAUUUACCAGUUGGUUACAAUUUACAGGACCAUAUUUAUCCCGGAGGUAUACAUAUCCUAAUCAACUCUCCCGUUUCUAUCCUUCAACCUAGGAUUAUUAAUUUGAAAGAUAUCAAUAAUUUCAUCUUGUUUGGAAGAGGACCCUUUACAACUCUCGGAGGAGUAGAAACUUUGGGCUUCAUCCACACCAAAUAUGCGAAUGCUUCCGAAGAUUGGCCCGACGUCGAAAUCCACUUUGUGUCCGGCAGUCCUGUUUCGGAUGGAGGACAAACUUUUCAGAGGGUGAUGGGUGUUUCCCAAGAGUUAUGGGAGAGUUUCUAUAAACCCUAUGUCUUCAGGGAUACAUUCUCUAUGAAUCCUGUUCUCCUCAGACCUAAGAGCAAGGGAUUCAUCAAAUUGAGAUCCACUGAUCCAUACGAUCCACCUAUUAUCGAUCCCAAGUAUUUAACUCAUCCACAAGAUAUUCUUACUAUGGUAGAUUCUAUGAAGAUUUGUCUGUCUGCUGUCGAUACUCCAGCCAUUCAGAAGGUGGGUGGAAAACUGUUCGAAUCGCCUUUACCCGGCUGCGACCAGUUUCCACGACAUACUGACGCUUUUCUUGAAUGUCUGGCCAGAACAUACACAGCAACCCUAUAUCAUCCUGUAGGAACCUGCAAGAUGGGUCACCCGCUGGAUCCUACCACUGUAGUAGAUCCUCAAUUAAGGGUAAAAGGUGUACAUGGAUUAAGAGUCGCCGAUGCAUCUAUUAUGCCAGAAAUCGUGUCUGGAAACACGAACGCACCCUGUAUAAUGAUUGGCGAGAAAGCAGCGGACCUCAUACGCGGAAAGAGGACAAUUUUAAGAAAGAAAACAUGAUUUUCCAUGCUCAAAAUACAAAAUCCAAGUCAGUGCAGAACAGACCAAAGUUUUAAAUGUGGCUUGAACCUGGUUGGCCGAUGAGGAAUAAGCCUCAUACCCAGAGUUCUUUUCCUGUUUUAGAAGUCUGUUUAGAAACAAAUUCCAUUCGUACUGCAGAUCUGCGCUAAGGAUGCAAAUCAUCCUUGAUUCAUGUCAUAUAUCCCAUUUGAUUCAUGUUUGCGAAGUAUUUAUUAUAACCUCUUUAAAUGUUUAAAUUAUUUUGUUGUCUCGUGUAAAUAUGUAUGGUUUAUUUUUGUACAAAUUUGCAUUUUUUUUAAAUUUUGGAGCCUUUUAAAUAAA